CCAACUUCCAAAGUCACAAACCCAGCUUCAUUCCAUCUGGCCGUCUCUACUACUUCCCCCAAUCUCCCACCCCUUCCCCCACAUCUCCCUGCUAAUUCUUAUCAAACGGGUCUUUUUAAUCCCUCCUUUUGCACACUUCACUAUGUUCCGCUCCGCUGUCGUCCGCUCCCUCCGGGCCUCUGUGCCUCGUGCCGUCAAGACUUCGGCUCCCUUCCAGAUCCGUAGCUCUCCUGUCGCCCGCCCAGCUCAAUUCGCUCCUCGCUUCGCCUACCAGGGUGUCCGUCUCUACUCCGCUCCUGCCGGUCUGAACAAGGACGAGGUUGAGGGCCGCAUAGUCAACCUGUUGAAGAACUUCGACAAGGUCUCCGACGCCAGCAAGAUCAACGGCGCUUCUCACUUCACAAACGAUCUCGGUCUGGACAGCUUGGAUACCGUUGAGGUCGUCAUGGCCAUCGAGGAGGAAUUCAGCAUUGAGAUCCCCGACAAGGAGGCCGACUCCAUCCACAGCGUCGACAAGGCUGUUGAGUACAUCCUUGCUCAGCCCGAUGCCCACUAAACCCCCGUGUAAUGAGGAAUGGGGAAGUUGUUGGAGGAUUAGAAUAGAGAAGUUGAAAGGGAAUAAUGGCGUGUAUCUAUGUGGGACUCGCCACUGCGGAGGAUCCGGGUAGCUGUGGAUGCUACCCUGCAUGCUGAUCCAUGCCUCUGCUCUUUUUAACUCUACUAUAUCGUGUAUAUCACCCUUGGGAAUGCUGUUCGGACUGAUUCGAAGCUCGUUGUGUCGUGAUGGCGUAGCGCGUGUAGCUGAUCACUGGGUUGCUAUUGAGCGGAGUUGUGUAGCAGUCAAUGAAGCAG